AUGUUCAAUGGAAAUGAAAGAAAUAAUGGGUUGUACGACAGUCGUAUUAGGUCUUCUGGGCAACAAUCACAGCAACAGCAGCACCAGCAGGGGUCAUUGUGGCAGAAUCAGACGCACCUGCAGACACAGCUGAGUUCGAAGAGAAAUAUGGCGAGCACCGUGCAUGGGAAGACGCCGAUGCUUAUGGCUAACAACGAUGUGUUUGCGAUUGGUCCCUACAAGGCGCGGAAGGACCGUAUGAGGGUCUCUGUCUUGGAAAAAUACGAGAUCAUCGGAUACAUCGCUGCUGGUACGUACGGUAAAGUUUACAAGGCGAAGAAUAAAAAGGAAGAGGGGAACGCUAGUACAGUGAGUAACGACGGGGUCGCUAUUGGGGAUGGGUUCCCCGCAGGGGACGGUAACGAUGUGGGGAAGGAUCUUAUGGACAUCGAUGUAGACGGGCAGCAGGGGAACGGUUCCACAGAUUCAAAAUACGGGGAAGAUAAAGAUUCCAUUGGGGGCAGUUUGGAUUCAGUGGCCCUCAUGGAUGGCGACAAAAUCGCGGUCUCCGCCAAGAGCAACGUCACGAAGAAGUCGUUACCGGCGUAUUUUGCGAUCAAGAAGUUCAAAACGGAAAAGGAGGGCAUAGAACAACUGCACUACGUAGGGAUCUCGCAGAGUGCAUGCAGGGAAAUGUCUCUGUGUAGAGAACUGGAUAACAGAAACCUCACAAAACUGGUGGAAAUCUUCUUGGAAAGGAAAAACAUCUACAUGGUGUACGAAUACGCGGAGCACGACCUCCUGCAGAUUAUACACUACCACUCACACCCGAAGAAGAGAGCGAUUCCACCGAGAAUGAUCAGGUCAAUUAUGUGGCAGAUAUUGGACGGGGUCUCGUAUCUACACCAGAAUUGGGUGCUUCAUAGAGACUUGAAACCGGCAAACAUCAUGGUCACCGUCGACGGGUGCGUUAAAAUCGGUGACCUGGGUCUGGCGAGAAAAUUCUCUAACCUUCUUCAAACACUCUACACUGGGGAUAAAGUAGUGGUGACCAUCUGGUACAGAGCACCUGAACUGCUCUUAGGCGCUCGACAUUACACACCGGCGAUCGAUAUAUGGGCAGUGGGUUGCAUAUUCGCAGAACUGGUAAACCUCCAACCUAUCUUCAAAGGUGAGGAGGCAAAAAUGGAUUCAAAGAAAAGUGUGCCCUUCCAAGCUAACCAAUUACAAAAGAUCUUGGAAGUGCUAGGCUCACCAACGUCGAAAAACUGGGCUCAUCUGCAUAGAUACCCAGAAUACGAGGCUUUCUCGAAAUUUCCAAAAUAUAGAGAAAAUCUAGCAGGUUGGUAUCAUUCCACCGGUGGGAGGGAUAAAAACCUGUUGGAUUUGCUCUAUAAACUGUUAGCAUACGACCCAAUUAGCAGAAUAGACGCAAGCGACGCACUGGAUCACAACUACUUUACGAAUGGCGACUACCCAGUCUCUGACAGCAUUUUUGAAGGCCUGAACUACAAAUAUCCGGCCAGACGUAUCCACACGGAUGACAACGACAUAAUGAAUCUAGGCAGCGCCUAUAAAUCAAAGAACGUCUCCUCACAGACACAGUCCUCUUCAAACAAUACAGGCACGGCUACUCUGGGAGGUUUGGGGGUAAAUAGGAGGAUUCUCGCGGCUGCGGCCGCUGCUGCCGCUGCAGUAUCAGGAAACGGAAUCCCAUCGAAAUCGAGAAACGUGGAGCCCUCUCGAAAAAAGCGUCGCUAA